UUGAGCAAAACAGUAACUCAUGCUGAAGUUUCUCUGCAUGAAAGCAUGAGGACAUAAAAGCAGAACCCCCGCUCCCCAAACCUAACCCCAAACUGGAAUCUGGAAAAAAAAAGAAAAGAAAAGAAAAGGAAAGGAAAGGAAAGAGAAAAAAGAAAAGAAAAGAAGAUGUACACAGAAAGUUUACCUUCUCUUAGCCAGACAGAUGCCUUGGGACCAAGUGUGAAGAGUUCUGGGAUGAGAAAUCAAUACUGGGGAUCUUGGAGAAGACUCCAUCAUCUGCACCAACCCAUGGACUGCUGAGAAGGCCUGGAGUUCCUUGGAGUUCCUUGGCCCUGGGAGACAUGUUAGAACGUUAUACAGAAGACGCUCUUUAACCUGCAUUUUGGAGAAUAGCAAAUUUUUCAAUGAAAGAGACUAUGAAGUAGAAAGCAUUCUUGACGGCACUUCAACAGAGGACAGACAUUGCCAGCUCGGACGUCACCAAUGCCUGUUUGUGGGCAUCAAAGCACUUCCUGCCUUUUGCAUCCCUCAAGUUACCGCGAUAGCGUGAUCUGAUUUAUAAAGGCAAACAAAGCCACGAACAGAUACACGCUUAAGGAAGUUCAGCCCCUAGAGACCAGAAGAGUGGUGAAAAAACUCCAAACAGCAUGCUGAAGAUGGAUAUUGUCACACCUUUCUUUCUGUCAGUGUGGGAGGAUUUCUACAAGAAAUAGACCUAAUUUCCAGCUUCACAGGGAAUUCAAUUACCGCUGGGGAUGAUUGGAUGUCUGGUUUUGACUCAGCCAAGAAAGUUCUCCUUAUUGGUUUUACUAGACCAAAAUGUCCAAGACUUUCUACUUUUUCCUCCAACUGUGGGUGCCGUCUGAAGUUGUUAAUUUCUAUCAACAUGAUUGCUGCAUAAAGUUUCAGGUGUACAAUAUAGUGAUUCAACAAUUCUCUACAUUACUCAGUGCUCAUCGCGGAGACUGGGAGCUGUGAACCCCAUCGUCGGAAUCCUAGCUGAGAAACAACUUGUAAUGGAGCCUUCACCUCUCGAGUUACCAGCUGACACAGUGCAACGCAUUGCAUCUGAACUUGGAUGUCACCCGACAGAUGAGAGGGUCGCCCUCCGCCUUGAUGAGGAAGAUGAGCUGAGGCACUUCAAGGAGCAUUUUCAUAUCCCCAAAAUGCAGGAUCUACCUGCAGUUGAUUUAUCUUUAGUGAAUAAGGAUGAAAACGCCAUCUAUUUCUUGGGAAACUCUCUUGGCCUUCAACCAAAAAUGGUUAAAACAUAUCUGGAAGAAGAACUAGAUAAGUGGGCCAAAAUGGGAGCCUAUGGUCAUGACCUAGGAAAACGUCCUUGGAUCACAGGAGAUGAGACUAUUGUAGGCCUUAUGAAUGACAUUGUAGGAGCCAAUGAGAAAGAAAUAGCCCUAAUGAAUGGUUUGACUGUUAAUUUACAUCUUCUACUGUUAUCCUUUUUUAAGCCUACACCAAAACGGUAUAAAAUUCUUCUGGAAGCCAAAGCCUUCCCUUCAGAUCAUUAUGCUAUUGAGUCCCAGCUUCAACUUCAUGGACUUAACAUUGAGAAAAGUAUGCGGAUAAUAAAGCCAAGAGAGGGGGAAGAAACACUGAGAAUAGAGGAUAUCCUUGAAGUAAUUGAGAAGGAAGGAGACUCAAUUGCAGUGAUCCUGUUCGGUGGGCUGCAUUUUUACAGUGGACAGCUCUUUAAUAUACCUGCCAUCACAAGAGCUGGACAAGCAAAGGGUUGUUUCGUUGGCUUUGAUCUAGCACACGCGGUUGGAAAUGUUGAACUCCACUUACAUGACUGGGGAGUUGAUUUUGCCUGCUGGUGUUCCUACAAGUAUUUAAACUCAGGAGCAGGAGGUCUUGCUGGUGCCUUUGUCCAUGAAAAGCAUGCCCAUACAAUUAAACCUGCGUUAGUGGGAUGGUUUGGUCAUGAACUCAGCACCCGAUUUAAGAUGGAUAACAAACUGCAGUUAAGCCCUGGGGUCAGUGGAUUUCGAAUUUCAAACCCUCCCAUUUUGUUGGUCUGUUCCUUACACGCUAGUUUAGAGAUCUUUAAGCAAGCAACUAUGAAAGCAUUGAGGAGAAAAUCUAUUUUGCUCACCGGUUAUCUGGAAUACUUGAUCAAGCAUUACUAUAACAAAGAUAAAGCAGAUACCAAGAAACCGUUUGUGAACAUAAUUACUCCAUCGAGCAUAGAGGACCGCGGCUGCCAGCUUACACUAACAUUUUCUCUUCCAAUAAAAUGUGUUUUCCAAGAACUAGAAAAACGAGGAGUGGUUUGUGACAAGCGAGAAUCAAAUGGCAUCCGAGUGGCUCCAGUUCCUCUCUACAACUCUUUUCAUGAUGUUUAUAAGUUUAUCAAUCUACUCGCUUCUGCACUCGACUCUGCAGAAGUCAAAAAUAGCAGUGCUUUCUAGAACAGCCUAAGCAAGCGUUACUGAAAGGUUCUAUGGUUAUUUUAUUAUUAUUUUCAAAUUUUAAUAAUUGGAGUUUUUCAAAACUGAUUAUACAUAACUGGCAAUGAAUUAUAUACUUUACAGAAAAAUCUGAUAUAUUUUUUCCAAGAGCCUGUGAUUCUGAGAAAUCCACAUGUCUGCCCAAUUUCUUCUUUCUUGGUUGAUCAAAGUUUUCACUGGUCCAAGUAUUAUGUACACAGUCUUGCUAGCUGUCAUAUUUCGUGGUCAGUGAGUGUUUUAUGUUGAUUUAAUUUAUGUUGAUUUAAUUUAUAAUUUGACUGACAACUGCAUAAUAUAUGUGCAAUUUUUUGUGUCAAUUUUAGUAAUGUUACUUUAGUUUUAAUUUACCAAAGAGUUUCUUAUAGUCACUGUAAUUUCACAGUCUGAUAUAUGUAUGAUUUUGCAAUAUUCCAUCCAACUCUAAUCUAAGGAACAGAAAAUACAUUUUCUAGAGCAGUAGCUUUUCAAAUGUUUUGGCUACAAUCCACACUAAGAAAUAUAUUUAAUAUCAGAGACUAGUAUUUAUAUGUGUUUAUGCCUUAUUUUAUUGAUUCUGAUUUACAAAUUUUUAUCAUAUUUUAACAUCUAUGAAAGAAGUUUUUUUUUUUCCUCCCAAUUUUCAGUCAACAAUUCUCACAAUUGCCAUUGACCAUUCUUCCAUGUUACCAUCCCUGGCAUUAGUGUGCUUCUCACAAUGAAUAGAUGAUUUUUUUAAAAUGGCAUUUUUAGCAAAAGCAGAAGUGUCAUAAAUGAUUUAUCUAUGCUCAAUUUAUUAUUCAUUUUAUCUCAUUACAACAAAUGUUGGUUGAAACUUGUUAAUCCCCCACCAACUCUUGGGUUCUAAUCCAUUUCACAAGGUUGUCCCUUCAUUUGGUGUUAUUGUGGUUAUUUUUUUAAGGGGGACUUGCCCUGAUAGAAGGCUUUAGAUGUUACCCUGUCUCUAAAAUAGCGAAACAAAUCAUUCCAAGAUACUUGCUAUUGAGAAUUAGAAUUAGCAAAUGAGUGCUUCAUAUCUCAACCUUUACCCCAAGUCUAUGGACCUUCCUUUCCACUGUGUGAAUUACAGUUAAACUCAACCCUGAUGGACUUCCCUGGUUUCAGCUGUUGAUGCUACAACCGCUAUUCAUGAAUUGGCAAAAUAGUCUACAUUUGUAUACCUGGGCAGCAAGAAAGAGUGACUACAACAGAAUUAGUGCCCCUGAUGAACAAAUUUGAAUGAAAUUAACAUAGACAACAAUAGAGUUCAAUAAAUAGAUGCAGAACUGACUGCGAUACCAGCACCUACUGAUACGUAUUGAGUACUCCCCGUGAACCAUGUAUAGUGCUCAUCUAUUUAUGUUACCUUACUUAUUUGAGUGGUUGCAUAACUGCUUUAGCAAAGCCUCCCCCUCCAACUCUUGGCAAAACUCAUCUUUGUGGAUGGAAAAGUUCUCAAAACCCUAGAAUUUGAGUCUCUACAACUUCAUGUAGAAGACAGUCACAAUUUUGAAUCUCACAGUGGUAAGCAAACCAGACAUGGUUUCAGUUCUCAGGGAACAUGCAGCUUGGUAGGAGAAAUAGGUAGUAAGACAAACACCCAAGAAAAUACAUGAUUACAAACUGUAGGUUUUAUGAAAGAAAAACCGAUGAUACUAUAGAAGAAAAAUCUCAAGGGUAUUUUAGAUUGUCUGUAAGGGGAGGCGUAUGAAGGUGCUUGUACGUUAAAGUUCUAAAAUAUGCUAAAAUUUUUUUAAAAAAUAAAAUUAUCUUGCUAUUCACAUUCAAAUUACAUCAAAUUAUGUACACGGAUUAUUUAAAGAAUGAUAAGUACUAUGUCUUUAUCACGCAGGAUAGGAAGCCGAGUAUUAGAAACUCCCUUUCUCCCUGCUUGUAUUCCCCUUCCUCCCCAAAUCUAGAGAUAACCAUCAAAUCAUAUUUUGUGUUAAUCAUUCCCUUACUUUCAUUGAAGUUUUAUACCUGUGUACCUACCCAUAAAAAUAAUAUGAGCCAAUUUUGCCUGUGUGUGAACUUUGUGUAAAUACAAUUGUAUAUGUUCUGCUUUCUUUGCUCAACACCAAGUUUUUGAGAGUCAUCUAUUUGUUACAGCUUAUUAUCCAUUUGCAUUGCUGCUCAGUGUUCUAGUACAUAACUGGAGUUAAGCCAUUUAUUUAUUUAUUUAUUUCUGGAGUUACUCAUUUAUUCUACUACUAAUGAACAUUGAGUUUUUCCAAAUGUCUUUAACAUUGCAACAAUGCUGCUAUUAACAUUCUUGGUACACGUGUUCAAAUGUUUGCCUAAGACAUACAACUCUGAAAAUGUCGAGUCAUAGGACACACACAUGUCCAACUUCACUGUGUAACAUCAAACUCUUCUCCAAAUAGGUCGUACCAGUUUCCAAUUUGACCAUUAGGAAAUGAAUGUUCUCUUCUCUUGAUCCUUGCCAGUAGUAGCUAUUGAUUGCAUUUGUCGUGUACGUAGGCUAAAAUAGGGUGAUUACUAAAAUAACAGAGCGAAUGUAUAAUUUCCGCACAAGUAGGAGGAGAAACAGAAUGAGGACAUACAACACACUGCAGUUUAUGCUUCAGAAACCAUGCUUAAUCUGUGGAUUGAGCCAAGACUAGAGUUUUACCUGAGUUUUACCCUUGCUCAGCUCUUUCCCUUCCCAUGUUCGAAGAUUUUCCUUAUGAGCAUCCUUUCAAUAAAACAUAUUAAUCCAGGGGCGCCUGGGUGGCGCAGUCGGUUAAGUGUUGGACUCUUGGUUUUGGCUUCCAUCAUGAUCUUGUGGGUUGUGGGAUCAACUCCUCAUGGGGCUCCUUACUCAGUGGAGAGUCUGCUUGAAAAUUCUCUCCCUCUGCCCCUCCCUUCACUCUUUCUCUGUCUCUCUCAAAUAAAUCUUUUUAAAGACAGCCUCAAGCUCUAUUUCUAGGAAACCCAAUCUGAAAUAGCAUUUCUUUGAUCUAGUGUUAAUAACCAAAAGCCUUUUAUAUUCUAUAUCCAGCAUAUGAUAACUUUCAGUUUUGUUUCUGUCGGUUUUCACAAAUAAUGCUUGUUUCCUUGUGUAUAUUCUACUUGUUAACUUUUUUUUUUGGUACUUGGCUAACUUUAAACCACUCAUUUUAUUGACCUCCUUGGAAU